AAUGGGAAGAUAGACAAAGGCUAUGGCAUGUGGCUCAACUAUUCAUUGUUUCUUAUUGUGAAUAUCAUCUCUCACUAGGUCCUACGAUCUGGGCUUCCUUUGCCCGAGUUUUGGCUAUUCGUCAUUUCAAGUUUUCAGUGUUUACUAGUUCACUAUGUUUUUACCAACGAUACGCGUCUGUCGCAUAUUGAUUUGUGCUGCGGCACUGAUGCAGGGCAUUACUAUCGCAGUGCCUAUUCAUGAGAAUGAUGACCUGCUCACUCCUCGGCGCACCAGCCCAGGGUUCGCGAAGGGCAUCUGGCUUCGUAUCAUGCCCCUUGGAGCCUCUAUCUCGUACGGCCUUACGUCCCACGAUGGUAACGGAUAUCGCGAAUUCCUCCGAGACCAGAUCGUCGAGUACGGGAAUCCCGUGAAUAUGGUCGGAAGCCGUCGCAAUGGCACAAUGGAAGAUAAUGAUGUUGAAGGAUGGCCUGGCUAUGUGAUAAGCCAGGUCCGUACAAAAGCACAGACGGCAGCGCCUAAGUAUAAACCAAAUGUGGUUUUGAUUAACGUUGGCACAAACGAUUGCAGUGGGAACGUGGAUCUUACGAAUGCAGGGAAGCGCAUGUCAGCCCUUUUGGACGAUGUGUACAAAGGCUCACCUCGUGCCACGAUCAUCUUGUCGACACUUUUAGUCAGGUCAGAUGAAGAGAAGCAGGAAUGUGUCGAGGACCUUAAUAGCCAAUUCAAGGAUGUGGCGGCCGCUCAAAGAGCAAAUGGUCGAAGGAUUGUGCUUGUCGACAUGCAACCUCCCGAUGGGCCGACAACCGCCGAACUAGUAGACGGCAUACACCCAAAUGAGGCGGGAUACGCGAAGAUGGCGGACAUAUGGUUUGAAGGGAUUAAGGAGGCUGAUAAGGCAGGGUUUCUACAGACGAAAGAAGCGAUCUCUGGGAAUGCAGGCGGUGUUCCUGAUCGGGGGGUCUAUGGCUAGAUAUGAGUAUGUUUCAUGUAUAUAACGUGUUCGAGUACAUGUUCUUUGGUAAGGUUUUAGAGUUGGCGACUGACCCUUUUUGACGAAUUGAAUGAUACACGCCUCCUAAACUAACUUUAAUUCAUCUUCACCUUUGGAAUGCAUCGGUCUUUAUGUCAGUACUUCCACAGUCUGGAACGCACAUGCACGAAAGAACAGUCUGUUCUCUUUGACAAACUGGGCAAGUCAACUGACCAUGUCCCGGGCUGAAUAGCCUCAACUACGGAUGACAUUUAAAGAACCAUACAUACACACAAUAGGCUGCUAUAAGAGCUGCGCGAUCAGUG